GCUUCAUCAGCACCGACUACAUUAAUGAUUACUUAAACAUAUUGCCAUAGUAGACGCAUACGUGCACAUAUAUUGCUAGUAAAAGACACCCAGCCCCGGCAGAGGCAGGUUUAUGGGGUGAUAUCCGAGCAGCUAUAAGCAGAGCAGAGGCUUCCCCGCACCGCACCGGCUUCCCCGUCUCUAGUCAUGCUAUGGAUACUUUGUGGCAAUAUCAGUUCCGAAUCAUCCUCCUGGGGGACUCCACGGUGGGCAAGUCGUCGCUGCUGAAGCGCUUCACGGACGGGAUGUACAGCGACGUGGCGGACCCCACGGUGGGGGUGGACUUCUACGCCCGAGCCCUGGACAUCGAGGCCGGGGUGAAGAUCAAGCUGCAGCUCUGGGACACGGCGGGCCAGGAGCGCUUCAGGUCCAUCACGACUUCAUACUACCGCAACUCCGUUGGGGGGCUGCUAGUCUUCGACCUCACAAACCGCAAGACCUUUGAGCACGUGAGAGAGUGGCACAAGGAAGUGAGUGAGCACAUCCUUCCUCACCACAUGGUUUACAUCCUCAUCGGCCACAAGAGUGACCUCAACAAAGACCGCAAGGUGAGCCGGGACGAGGCGGAGCAGCUGGCGGCCGACCUGGGCAUCCGCUACAUCGAGACGUCGGCCAAGUGCAACAGCAACGUGGACCGGGCCUUUGAGCUGCUCACCAGAGACAUCUACGAGCUCAUGAAGAUGGGGGAGAUUGUCACCCGUGACGGGUGGGACGGCGUGAAAAGCGGCCUGACGGCCAAAGUCCUGUACCGGGGGGAGGACGAGGAGGAUGUAGGUGCCACAUCUUCUGAGAAGGGAUGCCACUGCUGACUGAGAGCGCCUGGCGUCCCAACCCGGUGCCACCACUGGAAGCUCACCUCGUCCACAGCUUUCCAUCCAAACCAAACCACUCAGGGCCAGCACCCUGUGAAAUCACCAUGCAUCACCUCCUCACAUUGUGAUUUGUGCCCUUUCUUUGUGUGAGUCGCUGAGACUGGGGGAUUGUGGGGAUGCUGUACAUCCAGUCUGCUUGGCAAGUUGUAUCUUGUAAGCCAUGUGGUGUACCAGAAGACAAGUUGUUUGGAACCUGGUUUGGUUCAAACAAAAACACAGAAACGUGGCAGUUUGAUGACACCAUGGUGAUGUGAAGUGUUUCUCAGGACUUGAGCGUGUUCACUUCUGAGGAUAAGAAGAUACAGGUGGACUCUGACUGUGGUCUGCGUCACCUCCAUGCCAUGGCGCCAUUGUGGGUUUUAACCUGCCAAAGUUUGUGUGAUGCUUUGCCUGCAAUCUAUUGUGAGUGUGAUAUUGUAAAUACUAUUGAAAACUAUGGAGCUGAUAGCUAAAAGGUUACUGUAAGCUGUUUAAAUAGUAGUGUAAACAGUCUCAGCACUCUGCAAUAGUUGUCACUGUAGUCAAUGUGCAACUCCUGUUAUUGUAAGCUCUGCGCACAUUCGCCAAAUGACCAAACGCUGAUCAUUUUGUGAAAAGAAGAGUCAUUUCUAUAAUCAUAAGGAUGGAUUGUAGUUAAGGUAUAUACAUUAAGAUAAACUGAUUUAAGUAGGGUAGGUGGUUCCAUUAAGGUAUCUGUAAAUAGCAUCAACAUCAGCAGGAAGUGUGGCAGGUGUCAUCUAUCAGGCACUGGACCUUCAAUAAGGAUGGAAAAGGGAGACUGACUUCAACCUGCGACUGAUGGCUGCUUCAUUAAACCUUUAUUAAUCAUUUACAAAGCUCAGAUCUAAAAAAUAACACCACACAGGCUUGGGGAUUUAAAAAGUAAAAAAAUCAUGAAAUCGACUUUCAUACGAGGCCGAUAUGAAGUGUUCAAGAAGUAUACCAGAGCAGCCAGAAGAGAACAUGCGUUUUGUGGGAAACACUUUGAGAAAUAGGAUGAUAGUGAGCAGCUUUUACAGUUCUUACCAUUGUACGUUUAAUGUUUGUUAAAUCAUCUUUCCUGAAAAUACACCAAACCAUUAGACUCUC